UGCCGCAGUGUGGCUAACUGACGGUGGUGUCAGUCAGUCGUUCGAUGGUGCCGCUGCUGAGCAGAAAAACGGGCGAAAAGAUUUGUGAAUUGGCACCAAGAAGAGAGUUAAUUCUUCUGUUAAACUUAAACCCUCAAGAGGAGUAAGCCCGUUUCAGGCCCUAAACACUGAGUGUAACUUAGGGCAGCAGCGAUGUCAGGCUCCUACGAUGACUCCAUGGUCGACGUCUCCAGUGACAGCUUCUGGGAGGUUGGUAACUACAAGCGUACAGUGAAAAGGGUAGACGAUGGCAAUCGGCUCUGUAACGAUCUGAUGAACUGUCUUCAUGAGCGGGCACGUAUUGAAAAGGCGUACGCACAGCAGCUCACAGAAUGGGGCAAGCGCUGGCGGCAACUCAUAGAGAAAGGUCCUCAGUACGGUUCACUGGAGCGGGCGUGGUCUGCUCUGUGCACAGAGGCGGAGAAGGUGAGUGAGCUCCACAUGGAGGUGAAAGCAGCACUGAUGGCAGAAGACUACGAAAAGCUAAAGAACUGGCAGAGAGACUCCUACCACAAACAGAUGAUCGGCGGCUUUAAAGAGACUAAAGAGGCUGAGGACGGCUUCCGCAAGGCUCAGAAACCCUGGGCCAAGAAACUCAAAGAGGUGGAGACAAUGAAGAAAUCUUACCAUUCUGCGUGCAAAGAGGAGAAGCUGGCAGCCAGCAGGGAGACCAACAGCAAACUAGAGAGCAACAACAACCCCGAAGCCCAGAAGAAGCUCCAGGAAAAGGUGGAGAAGUGUCAGCAGGAGGUGCAGAAGACAAAGGAACGCUAUGAGAAGUCCCUUGAAGAGCUUGACAAGUUGACUCCUCAGUACAUGGAGAACAUGGAGCAGGCAUUUGAACAGUGGCAGCAGUUUGAAGACAAACGCAUUCGCUUUUUCAAAGAGCUUCUGCUGGAGGUCAAACAGCACCUGGACCUCUCGACCAAUCACAGAUUCCAGACAAUCUACCACACGCUGGAAGACACAAUCUCUGCUACUGAUGCUGAAGAGGACCUGAAAUGGUUCCGAUCCAAUCACGGCCCUGGCAUGCCAAUGAACUGGCCCCAGUUUGAGAAUUUGGACUGGUCCCGUCCUCGCUCCUUUAAGAGAAGGUCCAUUGUAGACUGGUCCAUAGACCUAAACCGAACCCUCAGCAGACGAGAAAAGAAGAAGCCGUCAGAGGGCGUCACACUGACCGGCAUCAGUCAGACUGGGUCAGACCAGCCUGUUCAGCCUUCCAAGUCCAGCAGCAGCCUGACUGUGCCCACUAAAACAGCGCCAGUGGGCUCGAACCCCUUUGAAGAUGACGAGGAUGAGGAAGAGGAAAUGGCCGUGGAGCAGCAGACCACAGUCAACCACAACAGUGUGAAUAAAGAGGAAAUAAAAACCUCCAGCACUGUGGAGAAGACUCCAGACUGGUCAGAUGAAGACACAGGUGUUAACCCAUUUGCCGCUAAUGGGGAUGGGAAUCCAUUUGAGGACGAGCCGGCUUCUCCGGUUGUAUCUGUGCCCGUCAAAGCCCUGUACGACUAUGAAGGACAGGAGCAGGAUGAGCUGAGCUUCAAAGCAGGGGAUGAAUUUACCAAAAUUGGUGAGGAAGAUGAUCAGGGUUGGUGCAAAGGCCGACUCAAGGGUGGAGAAACAGGCCUCUAUCCUGCUAACUAUGUGGAAAUCAUCCAGUAAUGAAUUAUCACAGAUGAAAUAAAUGUGAAGAAAGAGGAAAGUGGUUUGUAGAGAACUGAGAGUGCGGCUGUAAAAAGAGAAGGCUCAGCCUUAUUUUCGACCCUCUUCUCCCCUCAUGGUGAAGACUGGACCGGAGUUGGAGGAGCGGCUUCAGAUCAUAAAAGAACCACUUGACAUCCUGUUGCUUUGACCCUCGUAGAAACAGUCCAGAGUACAAAGGUGGAAAUUAACCACAAGUUUCCAGAUGAUUCCAGGCGAAGAAGAUCACAGAGAAAACAAUGCUGUCAGUGUAAGAUAUGUUACUUAGAAUCCCAUUUAUGCUGUUACAAAAAAUAAUAGGUAUUCAAGUAUAUAUGUUAGAUAAGACAAUGAACUUCAUGUGUGAAUUUAUAUAUUGUUUAAACAAAACACUGGGAUGACAGUCAUUAGCCAUGCAGCCUUAAUAUGCAAGCCACUAUGGAUUCAUUGAGGGAGAUUACCCUUUUUAUAACCAUAAUUAAACAUUUCUGUCUGUUAGAGACCAGUCCAAACAUGUUUAAUAAACGCUUGAUCUUUAGGGCGGAAAAAAAAAGGCCCUAAUGUCGAGAUUAUUGUGUCAGAUUUAACUUGAUUUUAAUCUUGUGCUUACAUUGUUCUUUCAUUCCUUUCAGGGUUUUGUUUUUCCAUUCAGUUCUUAAACUGUUCUGGGUAUUUUAUAAGGAAUGAUACAGACCUGUAGAGCCUUAUCCUGACCUAGUCUUCAUUUAGUUCACAGUGGGUAGCUUUCCUCUAGUCACUGCAAUUGAAUGUAUAUUCACUGAUUGUAUUUCUUUCUUCAGUUGAUUGAUCACUAUUGCUGAUGUUGGGUUAUUGAAACCUCUGACCCAUGAACACCUUCAACUAUCCUCAAGCCUUUCACACAGACAUCUCUCUUUUCAUGCAACACUGAAAGACUUUCACACAAUCUUCUCACUUGAAUCUCCCAUGUUUUAGUUCUCUCACUUCAUGUCAGAUAUAAAGCUGUGGGAGAAUAUUUUAGUGUUUGAAAAUAUAAUACAAGUUAUAGCAAUAAAAUCACAGUAAAGUAUGGUAUUGCCUACAUGCAUGUAAAUAGCCUGGAUUAAACAUAUUUGAACAAAUUAAACAUCAAGAUCAGAUGAUAUGUAGUUGGAAAUUGAAGAUUGUUAAUUUAUGAUGCCACAAGUGCUUUUGUUCUACUCUUGUUAGAAUGCUGUGACUGAGAAUCUGUUUGUACAUUAAUUGAAUGUUUAAUGGAAAAAUAUCCCAUGAAUCUGUUAUUUUGUUAUAUUUGUAAAUAUUAUUUUUUUCCCCCUUGAUAGAAGGCCAUACCCAUUGAGUCAGUCAACAAAUACUAUGUGAAUAGCUGUUGAUUUUCUCCUAGAGUCUAUGACAUGAAUGGAUAUACCUGAUUUCAUAACCUUAAUACAUGUUUUAAUCAUCAAGUAUUUUGUCGGCUUGCAUUUUUGCAGAGCUGAACCGCAGGCUUUUCAUUUGUGCAAACUCUAAAUUCAUUAACUGCCUUAUGUAUCAAUGAAAUCACUGAAAAAUGCUAUAUGAUGCCUUCAACUGCAGCACGAGAGGAAGAUGAUUUUUGUUGUCUUUAAUAAUAGUGAGAAAGGAGAUAUUUAGUCAUGUUUUCAGGGCAUGCUGUUUUCAGAACGCAGCAACAGCUGUACUUGCACAGUAGGGUUUGUAAAUGUUGUCCCACAACAUAAUAAAUGAAUUUAUUGGAAAUAA